CUCCUUGGCAGAACGGAGAGCCCACUGACGUCCGAUCCGGGACCGUGCGCGUGUCUGCCGGGCUGCAGUUGAAGCACUCCGCCGUCCGGAGGUCUAAGGUGGGCGGAGACUUGAGAUCGAGGUCCUCCCGUGUGGAGAUAGAGACGCACCGUACAUUUCGGACUCGGCACCCGCACACCCGUCCGAGGAGAGGAGGAAACAUCAUGGCAACGACUACUUGCACGCGUUUUACAGAUGAAUACCAGCUGUACGAGGAGCUUGGCAAGGGGGCCUUUUCAGUGGUGCGUCGCUGUGUCAAACUCUGUACAGGCCAAGAGUAUGCUGCCAAAAUCAUCAACACCAAAAAGCUCUCGGCCAGAGACCAUCAGAAACUGGAGCGGGAAGCCAGGAUCUGCAGAUUGCUCAAGCAUCCCAACAUUGUUCGUCUCCAUGACAGUAUCUCUGAGGAAGGCUUCCACUAUCUCCUCUUUGACCUGGUGACAGGAGGGGAGCUGUUUGAGGAUAUUGUGGCUCGAGAGUACUACAGUGAAGCAGAUGCAAGUCAUUGCAUCCAGCAGAUCCUGGAAGCCGUGCUCCACUGCCAUCAGAUGGGUGUGGUACACAGAGAUCUCAAGCCAGAAAAUCUGCUGUUGGCAAGCAAAUGUAAGAAUGCAGCAGUGAAGCUGGCUGAUUUUGGAUUGGCCAUUGAGGUUCAAGGAGACCAACAGGCUUGGUUUGGCUUUGCGGGGACUCCCGGCUACUUGUCCCCAGAAGUGUUGAGGAAAGAGGCAUAUGGUAAACCUGUAGACAUUUGGGCAUGUGGUGUGAUCCUCUACAUCCUUUUGGUUGGGUACCCUCCGUUCUGGGAUGAGGACCAGCAUAAACUCUACCAACAGAUCAAAGCUGGAGCGUACGACUUUCCCUCCCCAGAGUGGGACACAGUGACUCCCGAGGCUAAAAAUCUGAUCAACCAGAUGCUGACUAUUAAUCCAGCCAAGAGAAUCACUGCCCAGGAGGCUCUGAAGCACCCAUGGGUCUGCCAACGCUCAACGGUGGCCUCUAUGAUGCACAGACAGGAGACAGUCGAGUGCCUGAAGAAGUUUAAUGCCAGGAGGAAACUCAAGGGGGCUAUUUUAACCACCAUGCUCGUCUCCAGGAACUUCUCUGUGGGCCGUCAGACUACAGCUCCUGCUGCUGUCAGCACUGUGGCAGGAACCACAGCUGGCAUCGUGGAACAAGCCAAGAGUCUCCUCAACAAGAAGGCUGAUGUCAAGCCCCAGACAAACAGCACGAGAAACAGCAUAGUCACCAGUCCCAAAGGCAACAUCCCUUCUGCUGCACUGGAGCCUCAGACUACUGUUAUCCAUAAUCCAGUAGAUGGGAUCAAGGAAUCAUCUGACAGCAACAACACAACUAUUGAGGAUGAAGAUGUGAAAGCUCGCAAACAGGAGAUCAUAAAGAUCACGGAGCAGCUUAUUGAAGCUGUCAAUAAUGGAGACUUUGAGGCCUAUGCGAAGAUCUGCGACCCCGGACUGACCUCAUUUGAGCCUGAGGGGCUGGGUAAUCUGGUGGAGGGAAUGGACUUCCAUAGAUUUUACUUCGACAACCUCCUCUCAAAGAACAGCAAACCUAUCCACACCACCAUCCUUAACCCUCAUGUGCAUAUAAUUGGAGACGAGGCCGCCUGCAUUGCCUACAUUCGCCUGACACAGUUUGUGGAUGGGCAGGGCCGUCCCCGCUCCAGCCAGUCAGAAGAAACCAGGGUAUGGCACCGCAGGGACAGCCGAUGGCAAAAUGUCCACUUCCACUGCUCAGGAGCUCCUGCUGCUCCACUGCAGGGAUGAGGCAUUAUGAGGAGGAGGAGAGGAGCAGGAAAGGAACAAGCAGAUAAUCACAGAGAAGGAAGCAGCACUGAGAGAGAGGUGCAGAUGGAUGUGUGGUGGGGUUAAAGGAAUCUGAUUUUGGGAUUGUGGUCAUCCUCCUGCACUCUGCACACCCACUUCUCUCUCUCUCCGUCUACAACUUUGACAACAGCAGAUAGUAAUACCAGUGCUCCCAUCUCCUGACAGCAGAGGGCACAGCAGCUACAACAAGGAAACUCUUUUAACACUUUGGCCUGCCUACAGCAAACAUAAAGCUAUUGCUCCUUACUUCUAGUAUAAUUAUGGCCACUGUCUGUCCUUGUGUUCUUUCAGCUGUACAGUCUGUUUAUUAGCCAUUUUAAUCCUUUCUUCUUCUUUUUUUAUGACAAUGCAUGACACCUACCUGUAUUGUCAUUAACAGUGGUUGUUUUUCUGCACGACUAAGGCUGCCUGUGUGAAAUGAACAAUCAGUACUACAUGUCUCACAGAGAGAGUUGUUUGUUGCUCUGGAGUGUAGUUGACCCCAAAUCGAUGCCUCUGUGUGUCCACCCCCACCCACAACCUUCUCUGUGAGACAGUGAAGACCAUGCAGCAUGCUAAAAUGUUACUGUCGUUCUUAAUUGAUUUUUAUGUACUCAACAUUGCAAGUUAACUACUGAAACUAUGGCUGAAAUGAUAGUAUCCUGACGUUUAUGUAAAUUUCCAGUUUUAUUGUGGUGACUUACCUACAGUUAAGCUGUAGAUGAUAUUUAAUUGCAUGAUGCUCCAAGUUAAUGCAUUUGGUAAGUUGGGUGUUGUCGUGCAUUUUUGUUGCUUUUCUCAUUUUUUGGACUGCUGGUGAACUAUAAUCUGUUGCCUCGGCUUUCUGGGUUUGUAAGUGCAUAAACAGUUUUUGUUGACAUGAUAGUGUUAUAUAUGAGGAUUCUGGUAAUGACCAUGACAGAAUAUGUCUGGUUUGCCUCCUGAUCAGAUUUUAAAUGGCUCAUUACUGUUUCAGUGACAACAAACAACAUCCUAAAUGAGCCUUUUGAAUUUCUUAGAUUGGAACCAGAUAUGACUAAUGUAAAAGGUGACAACUUAAACUUAACAUGUGGGUGUUUGGUUGUUACUUUUGCUUACUUUAAUUUAAAGACUUGAAGAUAUGUUGCAUGUUAAAGAACAAAGCUAAACAAAGUAUUGGUACCAGAAACUUACAGCCAAGGUCAAAGUUCCCAAAGUAAGAUCACACAGUUUGUUUAUUUGGACUUUUAAAAAUAUAAUUUAUUUGCCAAAUUAUGUUUCGGGAGGCUGCGGCUCAGGAGGCAGAGCAGGGUGUGUACUCGUAUGAAUGUUUGUGUGAAUGAUGCCUGUCGUAAGAAAGCACUUAAUUAGAGUAGAAAAGUGUUAUAUAAGUACAGGUCUGUUUUACCCUGUUUUGUUGUCCAUGUACAAAAAUCCUUUUCAUCUUAUAAAAAUGCAUUUUUUAGAUGACUGGGUAAUAUUAUUUAGUCAGUGAGAGGUAGGAUUAUAUCAAGAUACAAGGGAGUCCUUAAAGAAUUACAAAGUUCAUUUUUAGUUGUCCUGCCACAAAAUUACCAUUUUAAUAUGGUAACAAUAUAAUGAAGUUAUAUACGGAGAAGAAAUCUAUUUUCACCUGCUCCAUUAUUCACAAGAGGCCACCACCGCAGGCUCCACAUGUUUGAUUUGGAAGAUUUUUUUUAUGCCAAAUGCCCUUCCUGACACAAGCCCAAAGAGAUUUAUCUCUUCCUCCCAGAAUUCACUUGAUAGCAAAUGUGUAAAACACUACACUUAAGAGCAACCAGCCAAAGAGAGACACUUAAUGAUGGACAUAGUGGAGCACUUGGCAGAUAAAGUGACAACUGUUGAGGGACCUCAAGAGUUGGUGGAAAUCAAAAACAGAACUAUAAGAGAGUGAAAAGGAGUGAAAACUAUAUUUAUUAUCAACCUUGGUUGAGCUGCAUUUGACUAUUUUUGGAACAAAAACAUCACAGUCCCCGUAUCAUUUUUAUAAUGCUUUUUUUUUCUCUCAUUUAUAAACUCAAGAAUUUUUCUCUGGCUUUGUAACAAGAACAAGUGAGGCUUGCUGUAUCUCAAAAUUCCUUUAAGGAUCCUCAUUUCCAUAAAGCUCCAGGGUUCAUUUUGUCCUUACAGUUGCAGAGCCUAAAACAAGGACAUUUUCACAAAACUAUGGAACUCCCCUGGUCCCAGCGUGUGAAAUAAUGCAAAAAAUUAAAACAGAAAAAAAAUGUGUUAGAAAGAUAACUUUGUGUUUCAGCAGGAUAUCAAGAUUAGGUGCUUAAGUGAUCAUGUAAAUUUGAAAUGUGUGGUCAUACUGGCAAUUAGCAAAGUAAUGGUUCUCACCACCCAUUCUGAUAAUGAUGUAAAAUAAGAAGAAGUGCUUUCAUUGUUUCAUUCAGUCAUAAAAGUUAGAGGAAGUAUUAAAAAACAUAGUAAGCACCUAAAUUUGGAGAGACAUAUACUGACUUUACUAAGCCAAGGCUGUGAUUUGGUGUUUCACACUUUGUAAGAAUAGUGAAUUGUGUUAAAAACAAGUCAGUUUAACACAUAAUAAAUGAGCCAAAGCAGUCACUGAUUGGUGACUGAUUAUUUACAUUAUAAAAUGCACAGAGGUAUAAUCAGACACUCUCCAGGUUCUGUUUUUGUUUGUUUGUUUUUACCAUGUGUAUCAGUGACACCCCCCCGGUUAAGUCGUUAGGAUAAAACCAUAAAUUUUGCUUCCUGUUCAAGCCAAAUCUGUCAGUACUUUAAUUGGAUUACUGUUUACUUAGAGUUAGUGUCCACUUUGAAAGCUAUGCCUUCUUACAAUAAUUAGGCUUUGGCCUGAGUGUUAAGCUUAGGCUUCAGCUAAAAAGGCUAUUUAAACUGUAUUUAAAGACCUUUGUCAUUUCUUCUCCUAUGUUCAGGUAAGCAAUUAGGACAUGACCAAUGAUGAUCAUGACUAUAUGUGAAACAAAGCUUUUAUCAUGUAUUUUUUGUAUUUAUUAUAUGAUGAUGAUUAUCCAUAUUAAAAUGUGAUCAGAUGUAAUCAGUGUGUGAACCAAUAAACUGAAAAUUCAGAGUC